GGAAGGGUCGGGGGUUGCAGGGCGGGCGCGGAGCUGUGUGUGCCGGAUACGAGUGCUCGAGCCCCGCUCUCCGUACACGGGUCACCGGAGGACUCACCGCAGGUUCCUUUUACCUCGCUCACAGGUCGCUCAUGUCUCCCGGCAGAAGACCGACGGCUGUGGAGUAGCGUUGCAGGCGCUUUUCGUGAUGGGGCGCAGGUGACAGCAUCUGAGGAUGCCCUUCACUGAUAAGCUGCGCGAGAAGAUAUCACAGGCCUUUUACCGCCACGGUCUGCUGUGCGCGUCCUACCCGAUCCCAAUCGUCAUCUUCACUGCGCUCUGCAUCAUAGCCUGCUGCUCUCCUCUCCUGAAGCUGCCUCUACCGGGGACAGGACCUGUCGAGUACAUCACUCCAGUGAAGGACUACUCCCCACCACCAUCUGAACUGAGCCCAGAUGACCGCAGCGACCGCCCAGACUGGUAUCUUGGUCGGCCGGUCGCCUUCAUCCAGCAGGUUUUGGUGAAGGGUGUGGUGACUCCGUGGGACAAGAACUUCCUGGCCGUGGAUGUUUUCCGCUCUCCUCUGUCCAGAGUGUUUCGAUUAGUGGAAGAGAUCCGGAACCACGUGCUGAGAGAGCGGAGCAGUGAGAGGAGCCUGGAAGAUGUCUGUCUGCAGGUGACCGAUCUCCUGCCGGGACCGAAGAAACUCCGAGAUAAGCUUCCAGAACAUGGCUGCCUCCUCCUCUCCCCGGGCAACUUCUGGCAGAACAACCAAGAACACUUCAACAAGGAUCCCGACCUCAUCCGGACCAUUCAUCAGCAUGAGCCCAAGACCCUGCAGACCUCCGCCACCCUCCGCGACUUGCUGUUCGGAUUGCCCGGGAAGCAGAGCGGCGUCAGCCUGUACAAUCGCAAGCGGAUGGUUUCGUACACCAUCACACUGGCGCUGCGCCGAUACGAUGAGAAGUUUAUAAACAGCCUAAGAACCCGUCUCAGACAGCUGUACCCCAGUACCAACUGCACAUCCCCCGGUCAGAACAUCGUCCAUGUCCACUUCAAGGAGGAGAUUGGAAUAGCGGAGCUGAUCCCUCUGGUCACCACCUACUUCAUCCUGUUUGCCUACAUUUACUUCUCCACCAGGAAGAUUGACCUGGUGAAGUCCAAAUGGGGCCUUGCCCUGGCUGCAGUGGUGACCGUCCUGAGCUCAUUGCUAAUGUCUGUGGGAUUGUGCACCCUCUUUGGGCUGACACCGACCCUCAAUGGCGGGGAGAUCUUUCCUUAUCUGGUUGUGGUCAUUGGAUUAGAAAAUGUUUUGGUGCUGACAAAAUCUGUUGUGUCCACCCCGGUUGACCUUGAGGUCAAGCUCCGCAUAGCACAAGGAUUAAGUAACGAGAGCUGGUCCAUCAUGAAGAACAUGGCCACCGAGCUGGGAAUCAUUCUGAUUGGAUAUUUCACUCUGGUUCCUGCUAUUCAGGAGUUCUGCCUCUUUGCCGUCGUCGGAUUGGUGUCAGACUUCUUCCUGCAGAUGUUCUUCUUCACCACCGUUUUAUCCAUUGACAUCCGCAGAAUGGAGCUCGCGGACCUGAACAAGAGGAUGCCCGCCGAGGCCUGCAUGCCGCCAUCCAAACCUAUGACCCGUACACCCAAAUAUGAGCGACAGCAAGCACUGCGCCCUAACACCCCCCACACCAUCACCCUGCAGCCCCUCCGAAACCUGCGCCUGCCCAAAAGACUGCGCCUCAUCUACUUCUUUGCCAGGACACGGCUGGCCCAGAGGAUCAUCAUGGCAGGGACCGUGGUAUGGAUUGGGAUCCUGCUUUAUACAGACCCUGCUGGCCUCCAUACCUACCUUACUACAGUGCAGGUCACAGAGCAGAGCCCUCUCGGGGGCGCUGUAGUGCCGCCUAUUCCUGUGCCCGUCAUGCCGGCUUCAGACUCCCAGAGCUCGCUCUCUAUCCUCCCCACCGACUCUUCUCAACUCCUGGAGAAUCAGUCUCAAAGAGACCGCAAGGAGGUGAUGGAGACCCUCAGAGCAGUAUUGGAGGAAAGUUCUAGAAGCAACUGGGCAGAGGGACAGCGUAAGGACCAAAGCAAAGUCGGACCACAGUUGAAGGAGGAUCGGGCCCAUACAGAGGUCACGUGGGGACCUGAAGAUGAAGAAACCUGGCGUAAACUGUCCUUCCGGCACUGGCCAACGCUCUUCAGCUACUAUAACAUAACCCUAGCCAAGAGGUACAUUAGCAUCUUACCCAUGAUCCCGAUCACCCUGUAUCUAACCCCCGAGGAGGUGUCUGAGGCUCGACACCCUCUUGAGGUCCGACACUCUCAGAUAUUUCAGCCUCAGCGGGAUGGACGUCCAGAGGAAAUCAAAGUGGCUCCUGCUGCUCCCAACACCCAGGGAUCCAUGGACGUCACCUUAUACAAAGUUGGAGCUUUGGGUUUGGCUUCUGGGAUUUUGUUGGUUUUACUCCUUUUCUGUCUUUAUCGACUGCUCUGCCCUAAAAACUAUGGACAGAACGGUCUGUCACAUAGCCGACGGAAGAAAGGCGACCUGCCCUGUGACGACUAUGGGUACUCGCCCCCCGAAACAGAGAUUGUGCCCCUUGUCCUGAGAGGUCAUCUCAUGGACAUUGAGUGUCUCACCAGUGAUGGGAUGCUGUUAGUGAGCUGCUGCCUGGCCAGUCAGAUCCGUGUGUGGGAUGCUCAGACGGGAGACUGCCUCACGGUUAUUCCCAAGCAGGGGCUGCGCAGGGAGAGCAGCGGGAUCUUCGAGUAUCAGGAGACUUGGGAGAACUUCUCAGAAUGUAAAUACAACCCCGAGGACUCCUUGGAAAACGGUUACUUGAAGAGGAGACAGCCGCUCCCUCAGCCCCCGCUCUUCUACGACCAGCCAAACCUUUCCAGUCUGAUCGAUACGAACUUCUGCGAGCAGGUUAAGCAGGAGGAGCCCGAGGGUGGACAGAGGCCGGUGGUCAUGAAGCAGCAGGAAUUAGAGUCCAGCGGCUAUGACUUUAGCAGUCUGGUGCAGCGGGUCUACGAGGAGCAUGGAGCCUCUUGCAGUUUUCUUCCUGUCUUCUCCCCCGCUCCAUACGGACAGGGCCAGAUGAUGUCCGGCAGACGGAGCAGGUCGCCUGGGGGCUGGUCAGAUGGAGGCUGUGAUGCCAUCAGGAGGAAGAGCUCAGCAGAAGAGCAGGUGCUCUGUAACGGGACGUCUUCCCCGGUUUCUGGUUGGGCAGAAGAUUACGACAGUUCGGUGUGGAGUUUGGGACUACAGGGAAACCUCAUUGUAGCUGGAAGGAGUAACGGAAAGCUUGAGGUCUGGGACGCCAUAGAGGGGGUCCUGCGCUGCAGUAACGCUGAUUGUCAGAGCGGGAUCACUGCACUCGUCUUUUUGAAUCACAGGAUUGUAGCUGCUCGGCUCAAUGGCUCCUUGGAUUUCUUCUGUCUGGAUUCCCAAAAAUCCUCCAGCCAGUUACAGUUCAGAGGAGCAUCUGCCCGCAGCACCGUCCCCAGCUCUCCGCUCUACUCCAGUGAUGACAUCAUCCGCUGCCAGCCGACUCACACUGUGGCAUGUGCCCACCAGAAGCCAAUCACAAUGUUAAAAGCAGCGGCCGGGCGCCUCGUGACCGGCAGCCAGGACCACACUCUGAGAGUGUACCGCUUGGAGGACGCUUGCUGCUUGUUCACACUGCAGGGUCACUCAGGGGGGAUCUCUGCCAUUUACAUAGACCAGACCAUGGUUCUGGCCAGUGGGGGGCAGGAUGGAGCCAUCUGUUUAUGGGAUGUCCUCACAGGAAGUCGAGUCAACCACAUGCACGGGCAUCGAGGAGACAUCACCUCACUGUUGUGCACAGCGUCCUACGUCAUCAGCAGUGGCCUGGAUGAUGUCAUCAGUAUAUGGGAUCGGAGCUCAGGGAUCAAUCUGUACUCCAUACAGCAAGACUUGGGUUGCGGCUCCAGUCUGGGUCUCAUCUCUGACAACCUGCUGGUGACGGGCGGCCAGGGGUGCGUGUCCUUCUGGGACAUUGGCUACGGCGAUCUCCUACAGACGGUCUACCUGGGAAAGUACGAGGAAGCUCAGCCGGUGCGCCAGAUCCUGGUCCUGGACAACGCAGCGAUUGUCUGUGACUUUGGUAGCGAGCUCAGCCUGGUCUACGUCCCGUCAGUCCUGGAGAAGCUCGACUGAGGACAACUCAGGAUCCGGUAUCUAAUCCCUAUCGAGGACUGGCACUGAAGGGGUUAUUCCGUCACCAAAUGACGAGCUCCACAGAUGAUGCAUUCACGAGUUUCUAACUAUACUUCCAAUGGAAUUGUACAAUUUUACAGCUCCCCAUUUUCUUGGGUUCAUCCCUUACUUUUCUGGUUGGCGAUGCCCUAGAAAAUGCCGGACCCCGGAAAGAUUCGUAAUGAAUCGGUAGCACUUCACGAUCGUAUGUCCUGGAGAGUAACGCUAGCUCUAUACGGUUAUCUCUGCGUUGUCCACAUGUCGUGUGUCAGUAACCAUUAGCAAGGGAGGGGUAUAAGCCCCCUCCCUGGUCAGAUUCAGGGGGACAACGCUGACAUUAGGCACAGUCAAAAAAAUAAAUAAGUCUCUAGAUAUGAACAUGCGGCACUAUUAAACGAUACUGAGUAUCUGGACGCACUUCAUGCCACAGUCCUGAGUGGAAGGAGACCAGAACCGUGUCCCUGACUACAGGCAA